AUGAACAGGUCGAAGAGAAUACGUGAAAUGACUCCCGAACAGGAGCGAGCAGAGAAAAAAGCAAUAAAGGCACUGGGCCCCAAAAAGGCACGGUUAAUCAAUCGAGAGGGGAAUUUCUUCAAACACCAACGAGCAAAAAAUGAACACAAGAUGUUACGAACAAGACUGAUCCGAGCUGGAAAGGUGAAGAGACAAGAGCCUGUUACCAUUGAACAAAAACGGAUCAGAGACGAGUCAACAGUCGACUUUAAAGAAGACAAAGAAGCGGUAGAUGAUAUCAAUGAAGAUGAAUUUACAGCUUAUUACCAAGGGAAAUCGCCCAAAAUUAUAGUGACGACGACAAUCAAACCAAAUAAAGUGACAAAUAAGUUUGCUAUUAUGAUGUCGCACGUGUUUUACAAUGCAAAGUAUUUUAAACGAGGGUAUAACACCGUCAAAGUGAUCAUGAAGUAUGCUCAGAGAUAUGGUUACACUGAUAUAGUCAUAUGUAAUGACAAUCACAAAACAUGCACGGACUUGUAUGUCAUUCAUUUGCCUAUUGGUCCGUCUUUCCAUUUCAAAGUGUUUAAUAUCAUCAACCCACAACAAUUGCAAGACCACGUCAGAAUCGCUUCGUGGAAAUUGCCGUGUGAAUGUUUGACUACAGGGUUUGAGACACGGACAGGUAUCAUGGUCGCCCGUCAGUUCAACAGUCUUUUCUCACAGAAGCCAAUGUUCACUGGAAGACGUGUCGUCACGUUACACACACAACGAGAUUACAUCUUCUUUAGACAUCACAUCUAUCAGUUCGAAGAAGCUGAAGACCAAUUCGACAAGAAAAAAGGUCCUGUGAAAUGUACGAUUGACGAACUUGGACCACGUUUUGUUUUGAAGCUCCGAACUAUUCAAAAGGGGACAAUGAACACCAUCAACCCCGAGUAUAUUUACCACAGAAAUAUCGACAGAACAGAUCCAAACGAUACACACAAGAAGAGACUCAUGCUUUAA